UACACAAUAGAAAAAUGUGAUUAUUUAUGAUGGUGGAUCAUUUAUUUAGUUUCUGGCCGUUGGUUCCUUAUGUUGCCUGAACAUCCUAGACUAAUAAAAUGAAACUCCGAGUGCAGCUGCAGUGCAAGAACCUUCAUGAAUAUCUGCGAGAACUGAGUCCCGACAUCCUCGACCGACUGUACAACCACCCAGCAACAUGUCUCGCUGUUUACAGGGAGCUUCCAGCUCUGGCCAAGAAUUAUGUGAUGCGCAUGCUGUUCUUGGAUCACCCACUCCCACAGGCAGCUGUGGCUUUAUGGGUCAAAAAGGACAGCCAGAAGGAUCAUGACCAGUGUGUGUCUGUGCUGACCGGGCUCCGACUGUGGCACAACCAGCAGCUGCAGGGAGGCCUGCAUGGCAUCGUGCUCAACCCGGUAUUUAAGGACAACCUGAGGAUAGCGCUGCUCGGCGGGGGUAAGCCGUGGGCGGACGACGUCAGCAGUCUCGGGCCUGACCGCCACGCCCGCGACGUAGAGAGUCUGGACCGGUACGCCAUGGAGCGCUGGGAGGUGAUCCUGCACUUUAUGGUGGGCUCACCGAGCGCUGCUGUCAGCCAGGACCUGGCUCAGCUCCUCAUCCAGGCCGGUCUCAUGAAGAGCGAGGCUGGAGAAGCGCCGUGCAUCACGUCAGCUGGAUUUCAGUUUCUGCUGCUUGAUACGGCCUCUCAGCUGUGGUACUUUACCCUGCAGUACCUCAAAACAGUACAGUCAAGGGGGAUGGACCUGGUUGAGAUUCUUUCCUUCCUGUUCCAGCUGAGUUUCUCCACUCUCGGCAGGGAUUAUUCAGUGGAGGGCAUGAGUGAGUCUCUGCUGACGUUUCUGCAGCACCUACGAGAGUUUGGCCUGGUUUUCCAGAGAAAGAGGAAGUCCAGAAGGUACUACCCCACUAGACUGGCUAUAACUCUGGCUGCUGGUGUCACUGCCAACCCUACCUCCUCCUCCUCCACUGCCAUGACUGGCACACCAGGAACCGGAGACACUGGUUUCAUCGUGGUAGAAACAAACUAUCGUGUCUAUGCUUAUACAAACUCGGAGCUGCAGAUUGCUCUGGUCGCUCUGUUCAGCGAGAUGCUCUAUCGGUUUCCGAAUGUGGUCGUGGCUCAUGUCACCAGAGAGUCUGUACAGCAGGCUAUUGCUAACGGCAUCACCGCACAACAGAUCAUCCACUUCAUGAGGACCAGAGCACAUCCUGUUAUGCUUAAAGGGAAUCCAGUACUUCCUCCAACCAUCACCGAUCAGAUCAGACUUUGGGAACUGGAAAAAGACCGGCUCCAGUUUACAGAGGGUGUAUUGUAUAACCAGUUCCUGUCACAGGCUGAUUUUGAGGUUCUGCGGGAUAGAGCUCAGGGCUUGGGAGUGUUGGUGUGGCAGAACGUAGCUCACAGAGUCAUGGUGGUGUCGCCACACGGGCACAGUGAGGUUAAGAGGUUCUGGAAGAGACAGAAGAGUCACACGUAGAACACGGAGACUAUGUUAUCAUAGCACACCAUGGCACAGCCAUAUAAAAUACUGUAAUACUGAGCGGAAAGCUUUACAUUUGCAUUUUUUCUGCGUCAACUUCUAAUGUCAACUUUUUCAUCCAUAAUAAAAUGUUUUGUUUGAGUGUA